AAUUUGGUGCAGCUUGCCGUACUUAACUGGUGAUUUUAUUAACUAAAAAGCUCCACUAUGAUAAUGGACAACUCGAAAACGACCAGCAAAACCACACUGCUCAAGCUGAUGCUGUUGCGCGCAUGGAAGGAGCGUUGGACCGACUGCCAAUGGGGAAUCAAUGUGAAAACGAUUCUCACUCGCGGAGUAAGCGGCGAUGUGUACAAUUUGGCUGAUGCUAUUGUCCAACAGGCGGUGGUUGGAUCUGGCGCCAACAUGCUAUUUCUCUCCUACCUGAAGCACUCUCUGUGCGCGCACCUCAUUUCCCAUGCGGCCGUACUGAACCGUAUCGCCAAGUAUGAUCAGUUCGAUAAACAUCACUGUCUGAUCGCGUUGCUAGACUUUCUAAAGUCCAUUAUCGAUGGUGUAACAUGCCGCGGGAAGCAGGAAGAAGCAAUUCUUACCAAAGCGACCGUUUCGCUCGUGCACUGGUUACUGCAGAUAUAUGAGUGUAUUCUACAAUCCUACGCCGAAAGCAGGGCACUACAGACCGAAGAAGAAGAUGUCGUUCAACGCGUUGCUGUGGUGUUGGAACGAAUCGUAGAAAACCCGUUCCUGCUCGGAGUCAUUUCCAUUGGGAAGUGUGAGGAUCCGGAUGUGUUCCUAACGCUGCAGAAAAGAUUUAACAGUAUAAACAAUCUUACCAUCACGACCGGUUAUGUGGCGCACGUUGGUAACGGUCAGAAAAAUGUAACCGUAACGGAUUACAUGCGCAAGCUGGUACUGCUCGAGGUGGACAUACACGAGAUGAAGUUGUUUGAUGGCGGAAAAGUGGAACCGAUUACGUUCAGCUUGCAACCGUUCAUAGCAAUCGAAGUGCUGCUAAAUCCGAUGACUGACACGAAUCAGUACGUCGCGCAGCUCAUUAACCUGAAGCGUCUGAAGGGUUAUACGUGUACGCGCCUGUACUGUGAGAUUAUGCGCGGAUGUCUGAUCUCGCUGAACAACGUCGAGGGUACGUCGAAGGAAUCGCUAUUGUGUGCGUUCGCGUUCAUCAAGGUUCCGCACAUUCUGCAGCAGAUACAUACAAAAACGAACGGCAAAGAGCAACAGGAUGAAGCGACCAGCUCCAGCUACAGCGUCGAGUUGGUGGAAGCGUUUGAGAUGCUGCUGCAAGAUGCAGCACCGGUACUGGAUUACAUGGACAUGAAGUGUUCCUGCAACAUAGUCGAGUGUUUGCUGAAGGAAAUGGUAAAGCAUAACCUGCUGACCGAAACACACGUGAAACAUUUCGUUGCCCUGCGCGAACCGGUAACGGUCGGGUUGCAUAAGCUCGAGGCAAACAAUGCACAGCUUACUUUGAUGCUCAAGUUUGUGUUUCGCGUCGAGUCACCGCUGGUUGGCAUAUUGAAAGCGCUCAGUGCGGACUACAGCAAGGUACAGGAUGCACUGCUCGCUAUGCUGUGCCAGGUACUGACCGGGAAUAGUCUCGAUUUGAUCGUUUCCGUUGCAUCGGUUGAGGGAAAGUUUAAAGCCUUCAUAUCUGGUCUGCUGAAGUGUAACGAUUACGCGAAGCAAGCCACAAGCGUGGAGAUUGGCAAAGCAAGCACCACCCGUGGAGCACUGUUCGAUGUUACCUUCAUGAUAUUGGCCUGCAUUGCGCAGAGUUACGGAUCGGACGUUAUCCUAGCCGAGGGUGGUAAUAGUUUCUUCGAGAAAUGGGUACGCGAUUACAUGGUCGAGCGGAAGAAAAGCAAAUCACCUAUGACGAUGGUAAAGCAAGCGGAUCCGAUGGUUCUGGAGGAACUUAUCAUGGCACUCAACAACUCAAACGAUGGCGGUGGUCUGAAAGGAUCGAACCUGCGCUGGGAGGACAUUUGCUACACCAUCCCGGCCCUUCUCCACCAAGUAUUGAUGGCGUGGGAAAAUGAAACUAUUUCCCCAGUAGAAAUCAAGAAAAUGCUCGACGGCUUAAAGGCACAUUUCUGCUCAUUUGCGGUAUGUGCAUCGUCAUGGUUGUGCGCUUACAUGCAGAUGGUACGGCAAGACGAGCAGGUGAAACCGAUGAACAUGGUGCAGCAACUUUGCAGUGCCCUUACUGGACCGCAAGCAGAAGAAUGGCAGCAGCAAGACUACUGCAAAGAACGAUUCGGUCUAAUGGGACAGAUAAUCCGCCGUAUGCAGCAAGAGUUCCAACGAACGCCUCAAAUUAAUCCAAAACUACGGGCACUCUUCCCCAGCCAACAUAUGGUCUCGCACUUACCGCUCGAGGAACAGUUUGAGGAAGCGUGGAAAGCGAUUGUCGAGCGUGGUUGGUUACCGAUCGAAACGACUUUUUUGCUAGACACACUCCUACAAUCGUGCGGACCUUCCUGGUUGGUGGAGAAACUGAUCGCAAAGCUAUUCUUAUGCAAGUACAUUCGCGAUCUCAACAAAACGAUGGACAUCAUUUUUGCGAUCAUGCAUCUAGACAUUGAGCGUUGUACGAUCGCACUUCUAUCGCAGCUCGUGCCGAUGAUGCUUCACAGCAAGCAGCAAACACCCGAAAUUGUUGAUCCACAGUCGCGCGUGCUAGCUAAACUCUGCGUCUAUUGUAUCAUCGUCACGAUGGAAGCAUCGAUCAGUGCGUCCAAAAAGCGUACCCGUGCCACUGAGCUGGAAGAUAUCGAUUCCCUGUGUACGAGCGCAAAGCUACGCAAGAUCGAUCUGGACGGGAUGAGUGUAGGAUGUGAAGCAACCGGAGCGAAUGAUUUCGCACUCGAAAGUGCGCUGGAUUCGGUUGCCAGCUGGGAUAGUACAUCGGUGCCAAGUUUGAAGGAACCGUUGCAGGGCUGUUUGCAGACACUGUUCCGUACCUUUACGCAGUACAUCACGACGGAUGAACUAUCGCCGAAGGUGUACUUUAUCUUUCAAUUUCUGUCGCUAUUGGUUGAGAGUGGCCGGGAUAGGAUCGCGUGCGUGCUCAAGCUGAUACCGAACGGAUUGGUGCAGAAUUUGCUGAAAAUCAACGCUACGGAUGAAAUGACCGUGGGACUAAUUUUAAGACUGUACGACCUCAAUACGCCGACUGGCCGCCAGUUUGCAAUGUCCGACAUAUGCCUGUUGCGCAACAUUCAGAUGCGAAAGGAGAGUAUAAAGCUGUAAAUUCUCAUCG